AUGCUAAUACAACUAGAAGUUGAGCAGUCUGAGUCCCAGUUAAAUAAUUUUCUUUGGGAAUGGUAUGAGCUAUCAUUAGAAGAACCAUUUUGUUCUUCAAGUUGCUUAAAAGCUAGAACUGAAGAAAGUUCUGCAAUGUUUUAUGAAGAUAUUCAUUUGGAACCAACACUACUUUCAUUAGUUUUUGGUCUUAUUUCUAUUAUAGUGACUGUCGUGGUAUUAUGCUGGAGGAAAUAUGUUAAAAAAAAGAAGCUGGAGUUUAAUUAUGACUUGGAGCCUUGUGAACCUGAUAUAGAUCUGAUGCAUAUUCAUCUGUCAGCUAUGAGAAGCUUCCAACGACAAGCUGCAGAACAGUGUUUUAUGUUACUCCAAAAGCACCCUGAAGCUGUGAACCAUGCCUUGCCUCCAUUCUAUUAUACACCCUUCUUGCGGGCUUGUAAUGCUGGGUGUUUUGAGCUUGUCAAGUUUAUGCUGACCAUUGGAGCGGAUAUCAGCUGCUGCACAUCUGAGGGUGAUUCACCCAUGUAUCUGGCAGUGUAUGGUUUGUCCAAGAAACAUGCUGUUUGGGAUCCAAGCAUUCUUAACUUGCUGUACAAGCAUGGAUGCACUGUUAAUUGCGUGAAACAACAUGGAUACACUCCACUCCAUGUUGCGGCACGAGCUGGACAUGUCAACCUUACAAGAUGGCUUUUGGUGCAUGGUGCUGACCCUGAAAGCAAAACUGAGAGGGGGCACAGGCCUUUGGAUUUUGCUAAACUGCAAGGUCAUCGUGAAGUGAUGGCACUACUUACUGUUAACACAGAGGAGCCACAAUGCCAAGACUGGUCCUGCACUCCAACUUGUAAAUGUGAUUGUCAUGUGACAUAGAAGACUG